AAUUAGGCACGUAACUCAUUUUCCACAGUAGCGUCAAUAUCAUAAUCACAAUCUUUUAAUACAAUUACUGUACAUCGGUGCUGAUCAAUAAAGGGGGCAGCGACACAUCAAGGACUCCACGUGUACAUGAUGACUGAAGUCUGUUGUGCGUCACCCUCAGCGGGCUUAUAAAGAGGAACACACAAAGACGCUCAAACACACUCGAUUUCUUUUCACCUUUUCUGAGACAACCAACAGAGAGUCCCAGCCAAGAUGAGACUGUACCUUGCAGUUGCCGUGCUGAUGCUGGCUUUUGUCGCAUACACAGAGGCCCAGGAGGAAACCAUUGAGCAGAAGUUUGCUGCGUUUCGCAAUCAGAUGGCUGAGAUAGGCAAGAGCCUGACUGAAAAGGCCAAGACUACCUUAGACCAGAUCCAAACCAGCGACUUGGCAAUCAAGUCAAAGAACUGGUUCCAAGAACAGUUUGAGAGUCUGAAGACCAAGGUUGGGGAAAUCAGCCAGUAGACAGGUCCCUGUCUCCAGCUUACAACCGUCCCCCCCACCCUCCCCACCACCUGACUUCUCCACCCUAAAAUGUUGCCAUGCUGAUGUCACACAUACUGUCUCUCUCUCUGCAGACCAGAUGAAAUGGUUACGUUGCCUCUCUGUAAAGGGAUGUUUUUUUAUAAUUUAAAUGCAAUCUUUUGAAAGUAGCAAUGUGAAAAAGUGCAAUAAAGAUUUAAAAUAAAGUUUUUGUUUUUGAUACAUCACGUAAGCAUCAGUAUUUCUCAAAGGAAAGAAAAUAAGAACUUUUUAUUGUACAAAAUGAAAUAAGAAAUGAACAGUUCUGGUC